AUGAAUGAAGAUUACUUUAUUGAAGAUUUGAAAUCUUCAGAAGAUGAAGAUGACCAUUCUUGGACGCCGAAACGGUUUGGAUUCAUCAACACUGAUGACCCUCCUGCAUUAUUGGCUUACUCCAUCACCUCUGGACUAGGAGAACAAAACUCAGAGCCUGGUCCUUCAUGUGUCGUGGAUCCUGAUGGAUAUGAGCACGAAGAGGGGAGCAGUGAUGAGGCUGUGGAGGGGUGGAUGAUCCUGGACCAAGACCCAGAGGAAGAAGACUCAAACAUCCAACUUAACCUGAGCUUCUCCAUCAGCUCUGACGAGGACACAAACCAUGAAGAUAUUAAUGAUACAUUUCCAGAUCCAUGGGCUGUCUCAAAAAGAGACAAGAUACCUCGGGAAGUGCCUUCCAUUUGCCGCUACUUUACGCCUGAGCAGUCACUCUUUUGUUCAACUUGUAAGAAGACCGGCCAUCUUGCCAAAAGCUGUCAGCUACAAAAAAAAUGCAUUGUCUGCAUCCUUUGUGGGAUUCAAGGUCAUCUUCAAAAGCGGUGUCCAAGUCAACCUUGCUCCAGAUGUGGUUCGCCAUCUCAUGGACUCAGGGCUUGUGACCGGCUCCCUGUGCGUAACCAGCACUGCCAGCGCUGUGGACUCACAGGGCACCUUUCUGAUGUUUGCCCAGACACCUGGAGACAAUAUCAUAACAUGACAACAACAAAGACGUCCCUCAUCAUCAGAACACAAACUUUCCACACCGUUAAAUGGAAGAGGCGGCCGGCAUACUGUUACAACUGCUCCAGGAGAGGUCACUACGGCCAUGAGUGCAGCCUUAAUAGGAUGCGGAGUUGGACUUUUGUCACUCUGCCUUAUGUGUGCCACUAUGACUCCACCCAAACAGCCCUUCAAAGCAGCACAAGAGACAAAAACGAAGGUAUGACCAACAAAACUUUUCCAGCUGAGCAACAAGCAUCAUUAGAAACCUUUGGGAGCGAUAUCAGUUUCCAAAAAAGGAUUCAAAAGACUCGGUCUCGGUCCCGCUCAGGCUUCUUUCACUUCGCCUUGAACGGAGGCGUGAACAACGGUGGCACGUCCUCUGGUAGUGGGCUGAUGAAUGCCAGUGGAGGAGGAUUGAACUACCCCCAGCAGACCACCCCCGGCUGGGCUCAUCACCAUGGUGGUCGCAGUCACCCAGAAAGCCUGCAGCACUCACAGGGGGGCUAUCUGCCAUCAGGAGCAGUGCGUCACCCAGCACAUGGACCCCACAGACACCAUCCUGGAGGAGGAGGAGUGUUACAUUUUCAUCCAGAUAAUGUGUUUGGAGAGGAUCGGGACAAAAUGGACGAUAGCCCUAGUCCCAAAAGGCAGCGUCUCACACAGCAGUCCAUGUUGGACCUCAGCUCUGGACCCCCCUCAGCACCCUCCUCCCCCAUGCGCCCCUGGGAGCUGCCCCACAGUCGCAGACCUCAUCCUCACUACAUGCCCGAGCGGUGCCACACGCCAGUCCGGAACCGCCGCAGCCCUCCCAUUAGGCGUCAGCGUGGUCGUAGAGAUCGUCUGACCCGACACCACCAUCCAAGCCACAACAGUCACCAUCAUUACAACAACAGCCACCACCUGCACCCGCACCACGGCCCCCCCCCUGUGCGCCAGGACGAGAACUAUCGCCACCCGGCUGCUCCUUCAGGUUACUCCCCGUACAAUCAGCCGCCACAGCGAGGGCCUGGCCCAGACGAGCGCCCAGGGUUCCAUCCUCAAAACCCCUCUCCCAGACCACUGCACCACUCACCCAACAUCUCCCCCAGACUGCUGCACCCACAUCCACACCCACCCCAGCAGCAGGGCAGCAUGGUCCUGGACCUCCAUGAACAGGGUUCAGUCCCCGGAUCAUACCCUGUGUCGCCGCCCGUUGCUCCAUCAGGUCUGCCUCCGCGCUCAGCCCCACAACAGAUGCCAGCGUGCUCUGUGGUCUUCAGCGGACAGCAUUACCCAGUCUGCAGUGUUCCUCCUCCUGUUCUUCAGACUUGUUCAGUGCAACAUUUACCAAUGCCCUACCCAUUCCCAUCACUGAUAUCCAGUGAUCCCACCUUCCUCCUGCCUCCACACCUACCCCACCCCUCAGCUCAUCUGCCCCAUCACUCCACACAUCUGCCCCAGCCAGGACCAUUUGGGCCAUACCCAGCACAACAGGCGCGAUCUCCAUUACAGAGAAUAGAGAAUGAUGUGGAGUUGCUUGGGGAACACCUGUCUUUGGGGGCUGGUCUCCAUUAUCCUCCGGCCACUCACCCGACCCUGACUCCACACUCCACCCAGCUCCACUUCCUGUCCCAUGACCCUAUUCCACAGGAGUUUUUUGGCGUGUCCUAUCCUAAUUUUAUACAACGACGAAUCCCAGGUCGACGCUAUCGUUCGCAACAGCCACUGCCGCCUUCGCCUUACCACCCCAGCCUUCUGCCUUACUUUCUUUCGAUGCUGCCAGUCCAGCCAACCGGUCCCGCAAUCAGCCUCGAGCUUGACGUUGAUGACGGAGAAGUUGAGAACUAUGAGGCUCUGUUGAACCUCGCCGAGCGCCUGGGAGAAGCAAAGCUUCGUGGGUUAACCAAGGGAGACAUCGAACAGCUUCCUUCGUACCGGUUCAAUCCCAAUAACCAUCAGUCUGAACAAACACUGUGCGUGGUUUGCAUGAGCGACUUUGAGUCUCGUCAGCUGCUGCGGGUACUACCAUGCAGCCAUGAGUUUCACGGAAAGUGUGUGGACAAGUGGUUGAGGGCUAACAGGACAUGCCCUAUUUGUCGAGCUGAUGCCUCCGAAGUACACCGGGACUCGGAGUGA